CCACUCUAAAACUAAAACCCGGCUAAAUGCGAAAUGUGAGAAAUGUCAGAGGGGACGCAGCGCAGUCUCACACACCGCAAUCUUACAUUACACACGACGUGAGACAAAACAGAGCCGCUACACACUGAGCCCAAUCUGCGGGUUCCAGCGAAUCACAGCCACACGAGGCGUGGUCGAUACAAAAUGGGCGGGGACUCGAGCAAGCGGCUAAAUAGAGGAGUGGGCGGGUCGUGACAGUUAAAAGGCGGGGUUUUCUACUUGACAGACAUAACACAGGAGCCCCUGUAACCAACCAGUCACCUCUAUAUUGGAUUUCACCGUUAAAAUAUUCCGGUAAAGCAGGCCGUGUUGGCGGAAGUCGAGGUGUGUGUGGUAGCGAGAGCUGAACAGCGAGCUCGAGGGGAAGCUCCGCCAAAGCGGGCGGAGUCGGAAACGCGGAAAGCUCGAAGCCGUGCGCCUGAGAUCCGGAGGAGCUGCGCGCUGCGCUCGGGGAGCUCUCAGCGGAGCUACCGUGAUCCCUUGGCCUUUUCAACAUUGGAGCAUCGCCGCCUCUUGGUUAACUCUUUUCCCAAUUAAGCUCAAGCCAUCCGGAGAACACGUAUUCAGUGUAAUACCCCCUCUCCUCCCCUGCGCCAGGUUCUCCAGGCCCCAUCCCUUUCUUUUCCAAAACCGGACUCCCAAAACCAGAAAGCCGUCCUCUCCGGGAAUCUUUUGCUUUUAUAUCCUCUGAAAAUGGACGGUUUCGCCGGCAGUUUAGAUGACAGUAUCUCAGCAGCGAGCGUGUCGGACAUGCAGGACCGGCUGUCGUCUCUGGAACUGCGUGUGCAGCAGCAGGAAGAUGAGCUCACCGUGAUGAAGGCCGCGUUGGCCGAUGUUCUCCGACGCCUCGCGCAGUCCGAGGACAUGGCUGCCAAGAAGCAACAGAACACAAAAGGUCAGACACCGCUGCGCGAGGCUUUCUCCAUGUCCUGUAUCGCUAACGGCGGCUCCAGCGGCCGCAAGUCUCACAGAGACAGCUCCACAGUGUCCGUAGCCAGGAAAGAGACGCUGUCCUCUGCAGCCAAAAGCGGUGUGGAGAAGAAAAAAGACAAGCCUCCGCUAGAGGAGAUCAAGGAGAAGGAAGAGCCACCACAAGCUAACGAUAAACCCCCUUCAACACCCAGCACACCACAGGCACCAUCCCCUUCCAGCCAACCCCCUUCCCCUCAUCCCCUCCAGCCUCAGAAGGCCACCCAUGAGAGCAAGGGGUCCUCCCCAGCCAAAAGGGGCCACAGUGCAAAGCGUGGUGGAGGAAUGGAGCGCUCUCAGAGCACCACAUGGGAGAGUGGCGAGGACAACAGGAACAAGCUGGUCAAAGCCGCCUCCACUUCCAAACUGCUGGCCAAAGUUGUGAAGAAUGCAGAGAAACACAGAGAUCCAGUUAUCAGCCAAGCUAAAAUGUCAACUCGUGAGAAAAACAGUCAAGAGGGCGAUUAUAUCAAAAUGUUCAUGCGUGGACGACCAAUCACCAUGUUCAUCCCGUCUGACAUCGAGAACUACGAUGACGUGCGAACUGAGCUUCCUCCUGAGAGACUCAAACUAGAGUGGGUAUACGGCUAUAGAGGCCGAGACUGCAGGGCAAAUGUUUACUUGUUGCCCACAGGGGAGAUUGUCUACUUCAUCGCCUCAGUGGUCGUACUUUUCAACUAUGAAGAGCGGACACAGCGUCACUACUUAGGACACACUGACUGUGUGAAAUGUCUUGCUGUUCACCCGGAUAAGAUCCGCAUUGCCACAGGACAGAUUGCAGGAGUGGACAAGGAUGGCAGGCCACUACAGCCUCAUGUGAGAGUUUGGGACUCCGUCACGCUGCAAACCCUGCAGAUCGUUGGCUUGGGCACCUUUGAAAGAGGAGUGGGGUCCCUUGCUUUUUCCAAAGCAGACUCAGGCAUCCACCUCAGCGUGGUUGACGACUCCAAUGAGCACAUGCUGACUGUGUGGGACUGGCAGAAGAAGUCCAAAAUUGCUGAGAUUAAGACUACUAAUGAGGUGGUCUUAGCGGUUGAGUUCCACCCAACAGACGCAAACACCAUCGUCACCUGUGGCAAGUCGCACAUCUUUUUCUGGACGUGGAGCGGCAACUCUCUGGCUCGCAAGCAGGGCAUCUUUGGGAAAUACGAAAAGCCCAAGUUUGUGCAAUGUCUGGCCUUCCUCAAUAACGGAGACAUUCUGACCGGAGACUCAGGAGGCGUCCUGCUUAUCUGGACCCGCAGCACAGCAGAUCCGCCACCAGGAAAAGGACUUAAAGCAUUUCAGAUCAGCCGUCAGAUCAAGGCCCACGAUGGCAGUGUGUUUACACUGUGUCAGCUGAGGAACGGCACUCUACUGACCGGAGGAGGUAAAGACCACAAGAUCAUUCUGUGGGACCACGACCUCAACCCAGAGAGAGACAUUGAGGUUCCAGAUCAAUACGGAACCAUUCGAGCCGUUGCAGAGGGGAAGGGUGAGCAGUUCCUUGUGGGCACGUCACGCAACUUCAUCCUGAGGGGCACCUUUAACGAUGGCUUUCAGGUGGAGGUGCAGGGUCACACGGAUGAGCUGUGGGGUCUGGCUGCUCACCCGUUUAAAGACCUGUUCCUCACCUGUGCACAGGACAGGCAGGUGUGUCUGUGGAGCUCAGUGGACCAUUCGCUGGAAUGGACCAGACUGCUGGACGAGCACGGUCACUGCGCAGACUUCCACCCUAGCGGAGCUGUGGUUGCCAUUGGCACUCACUCAGGGAAGUGGUACGUUCUGGAUGCUGAGACUAGGGACCUGGUGGCCAUCCACACAGACGGCAAUGAGCAGCUGUCAGUGAUGCGCUACACUGUGGAUGGUACACUGCUGGCAGUGGGAUCACACGACAACUUCAUUUACCUCUACACAGUGUCGGAUAAUGGACGCAAGUACAGCAGAUACGGGAAAUGCUCUGGACAUUCCAGCUACAUUACGCAUCUUGACUGGUCCCCCGACAACAAGUUCAUUAUGUCCAACUCAGGAGACUAUGAAAUCCUCUACUGGGACAUUCCAAACGGCUGUAAGCUGAUUCGUAACCGCUCUGAUUGUAAGGAUAUCGACUGGGCCACGUACACGUGUGUGCUGGGAUUCCAUGUCUUCGGAGUGUGGCCGGAGGGUUCAGACGGAACAGAUAUCAAUGCUCUGGUCAGAUCUCACAACAGGAAAGUCAUCGCUCUAGCAGAUGAUUUCUGCAAGGUGCAUCUGUUCCAGUACCCCUGCUCCAGACCUAAGGCCCCAAGUCAUAAGUACAGUGCCCACAGCAGUCACGUGACCAACGUUAGCUUCAUGCACAACGACAGACACCUGGUGUCGACAGGUGGCAAGGACACCAGCAUCAUGCAGUGGCGCUGCGUGGGCAUGAGCGAUCCUCUGCACAACUCAAGCACAAGAGUCCAGGCCCCUGUGGCUGUUGUACCCACCUCUUUGUCUAUCACCAAAAUGGAACCAGACACCAAUACGCCACCCCCAACCCCCACCGAGCCCCUGGAUGGCACCCCUAACGGACAGCAAGAUGACCAUGAAACUCUGCCUCCCCCAGAUGAGCCCACUCCCACUUCCGAUAGCACCGUGAGCCCAAAGGACAGUCUGGAACCAAGUGAUGACACGGCUACGCCAAGUGAUGAGGGCGCACCCUUCACUCCACCCUCUUAAAACCUGUGGCUGAGGUGAUUAGCCCUCGCCUCCGUUCGAGUGCUCCACCCACAGGCACUAGGUUUGCUGUGAAGGUUCUAGCGCAUGCACAGGGCCUCCUUAAAGUUUUAAUCUUUUCAGGUUCUUUCUACCUUUCUUUCAACAUGUGUUUGUAUGUCGUUAGUCCAAGAGGGAGAAAAGAGGCAAAAAUGAAUGAAGUAUCGCUGUUGUGUUGCCCAUGAGGAAUCAUGCUUCGAGUACAUAGAUAAAUGCUGUUUGAAAUAUGGAAACGAACACCUGCAUGCCUGGAUACACUGAUACAUACAAACACUACAGCAAACAUGAGGCUUACUCCAACACACACAAGGGCACAUACGAGAAACAUAGUUAUGACAAGGGUUUAGUAGAUCAUUGUAUGAACGUUAAGUUGAUAAAUAUCAGCCAGUAUAAUGCAAAAUAUAACUGAAAUUAGUGAAAUUUAAUAUAGGCUUAUGUUAAGACUUUUAAACUAAUCAUUUACUCUGUUUUGUGAAUAAUGAGGAGUUUCAAAACCAUUUUUUUGUGUGUGUGAAAUGCCUGCAUAGCAUCUUUACCUGAGCCAAGAAUAUUUUGAAAAUGCCAGGCAGGUAACACUGACUCACUGAAUGGACUUAACUCACCCACUGGCUUCUUCUGCGCAAGUUAGCAUCGAUGUGGACAAAUUUUAAGCAUGGCAUGAAGCUAAUAAUAAACGUUCAUGAUCGACUAGGUAUAUUAUCAACAUAUUAUCUCACACACACACACACACACACACACACACACACACACACACAGACACAGACACACAGUUUUUCUGAGGCAGUUUGUCCAAAGCCAUUUUCUUCUGGACAUUUUCUCCUGUGUCUCUGAAGCUCUGCCCAGCACAGCGUAUGAUCAGAUCAGCAGGCUGUCUGAAUGUCUUCAGCACGGAUCGUCUUGCAGUCAUCAGUAUUUCCUCUGACAGACUUAACCUAAACUCCUCAUACUCAACCGGCGCUUUUUUAGCCUGUAUUCUAAAUGCUGUUCUCUUUCCAUUCAAGUUGCUUUAGAUUCAUUUUACGACUGUUUUUUUUUUUUUUUUUUGCUUCAUUGUGUUCAUUGGACUGAUUUUUUUUUUUAUCUUGAAAGUAGAUUAAAUGAGUCUUAAAUGUGUGUGAUUGUGUGUGUAUGAGAUCAUGUGCAGAUGUAUUGCUGAUGGUAGUUGGGUUUUUUUUGUGUGUGUGUGUUUUUUUGCGUCUUGCAUUCCACAGGUGUUGGUGCACCUUCCUUUCCUCCCUCCCACGGAAACUCAGGAUCACUCAUUAAGGUCACCUUCCUAGUCAAGAGCGUGGGAGUGAGAUCUGUGCUUGCUCUCCUUUCUCUUGCUCAGAGCGCUUCUUUCACCACUUCAGUAAUGCAUUGUGACAAAGAUACUGGGUUAAAGGAUAACAUAUUGAACAGAGUUUUGUAUUUUAAACAUGAGCUGCAACACAGCAGAGCCAGUCUGCAGUAACACUGUGGCUGUUCACACUCACUGUUGGGGUUUUUUUGUUCCCAGUUUCAGAGAUGUUCUGUUUACAAAUUCUAAAGAGUGAUGCACCAAAUCCUAACAGAAGAUGCCUCCAACUUUUUGAACAUAAGCCUGUGAAUCUAGACCUGUUUUCAACAUGCACUCAUCACCUUCCCUUUGUUAUUUAUUUAGACCAUGCAAAUUGCUAUGGUGUGUUUGCUGUCCAGCCUGUUUUUGAAGGAAAAAAAUAGGAUUGCUCAUUCCAGCUUACUCUUAUAACAUCCUGCUCACUCAUAACCUCCUGCUCACUCUUAUAACAUCCUGCUCACUCUGAUAACCUCCUGCACACCCUUAUAACCUCCUGCUCACUCUUAUAGCAUCCUGCUCACCCUUAUAGCAUCCUGCUCACCCUCAUAACCUCCUGCACACACUUAUAACCUCCUGCUCACCCUUAUAACCGCUUGCUCACCCUCAUAACCUCCUGCUCACUCUUAUAAUAUCCUGCUCACCCUUAUAACCUCCUGCUCACCCUUAUAACCUCCUACUCACCCUCAUAACCUCCUGCUCACUCUUAUAACCCCCUACUCACUCUUAUAACCUCCUGCUCACUCUUAUAACAUCCUUCUCACCCUUAUAACCUCCUGCUCACCCGUAUAACCACCUGCUCACCCUUAAAACCUCCUCCGCACCCUUAUAACCUCCUGCUCACCCUUAUAACCCCCUACUCACUCCUGCACACUCUUAUAACAUUUUACUCCUGCUCAUUGCUAUAACCUUCUGACCACUUUUAUAACAUCUUGUUCAGCUAUAACCUCCUACUGUUUUUUGCUUCAUGUUAAAUCAUCUUGCCUGCUUCUGCUCCAUAUGAUAACAUACUGCUCACUAUAGCCUUGUAUCACUGCUGCUCCCUGUCAUAACCUCCUGCUCACUGGUAUAACAUUUUAUUAAUUCUUGCUUCCUGUUGUAACCCUUGCCCACUUCUACUCCCUGUUAUAAACUCCUGCUCACUGUUAUACCCUACAUUAUUCAUGAUGUAGCUAAUAUGCACUCAUGUGAAAGGAAGAUGAUAAGUGUGUGUUGAAAACAUUAAUUAAAUACAGGCCUAAACUUUUUCACAAUACAAUACAGGUCAUCACUUUUCAAAAAUAUCUAUCAAAAAAGCAACCUGGUUUCACAUGUGUUGCUGGCGACAUCUUCUGUACACUUGCAGCAUUACAAGGUAUUGAAAGGGAUGGAUGAAAGUUUUAGUAUUGGCAGUUAAGAAUGAGUAUGUAUAAAGGCAUGAGGUCUGGUGGUAAUGCAUGAUUUCUUUUUAAACUGUAGGAAUAAUGAAGGUUUUAGGGAGUAUUAAGAAGAAUGGAUCAAAUACAUAUGCGGAGUCAUGGGGGUUUUAUAAAGAUUUUGGUAUGUGAAUGAUGAACUUAUGCUGUGUUUUUAUGGUUGUGUUUUUUUUUUUUUUUUUUUUUUUUUUUUUUACAUGGAAGCAUUCAGUAUAAAAAAAGUUCUGAGUGUAUUUUAUACUGGUCUAGUUGUAGGUAGUGUGCAUGUUCAGGAAAGCCAUUUCGGCAUUAGAAGUGUUUAAUAGAUGGAAUGUAAUGAUGAAAUAUGCCUACCAAGUCGUGCAGUGUGGUGUAUUGCUGCAGCAGUGCUGUUACUACAGCCUCUCAUCUCCAGCUGGUCUGCAGUUUUUCUAACCCUUUGGUUUAUAAGGCUUUUUUGGAAUUGCUACCAUUUUUUAAUGAUAGUUUUUGGUGUUUUCAGAGAAUGCCUCUGUUUGAUUUCUAUAGACCGAUUUGAACCUGCUUUUGCUGUAAUACUUAGCUUUAGUGCAAAACAGCACUGUUCCUUUGCUCAGGGUCAGACCUGGUCACCUUCCUCUCCUACUUUUGCCUCUGUGUUGAUCACCUCCUUAACAUUACAGCAAACUUCCACACAUAACAUGCCCUUGGUCUUUGUGACCGGGUGAGCUUCAGGCUAAGUUCAGGGAUUUCACAGGCUACCAUUUCCAGACACCAUUUGUACAUUCACAUGUGGAUACUAUGUGUAUAUAAUAGUUCCUCUGUAUGUAUAUAACUCGGUGGGAAUGCAUCCUGUACAAUAACUUGGCCAUGUUCAUCAAGAAAAGCCUUUUGGACAAUUCUGCAAUCGCUGGUGCUGCAGAACCACACUGAAGACCUAGCGGAUAAGAAAUCAGGACAAGAUCUUGAAUAUGCAGCUAGAAAGCAGCUUUUAUGUAAAGGGGAUGUUCUUCUUGGACAUGUUGAUUUACUUGGAAAUUCUUUGGAUACAUUUUGCCUCUAGGACCCUUACUUGUGAAACUGACGUAUAAUUUUUGCAUCCAGUGACGGUGACAUUCAGAACACUGUUACCUGACAUUGGUGUGUAAAUAAAGGGCCUCAUUAGGAAUGUUUCUUGAAUGUCACGAGUGGCCUUGCUAUGUGUCUUCUUUGGGAGAGUGUGGAAUAUGGUAUUGGUAAAUAUAUUGUAAUUUUUUUUGGUUUUUGAAGAGGUGGUUUGUUUGAUAACAGCGGGUGUGAUAAUUAGACGUACUUUUAUAUAAUUGAAAUAGUACUGUGGAUAAAUGCAUAGACUUUUAUUGGGAAGGCCAGAUCUAUGUCUGACAUUCAGUAAUCAGACUGGGGUUUUUUUUUUUCCAGUGGUCUGUAUUUCUGGAGUGUUUCUACAGACAUUUACCAUAUCCGUUCCUGCAUGAAAUGGCCUUGUAUUUUUUUAAUGGGGGAGAGGAAGAAGUAAAGAGUGAGACAAUGCAAAACUGGAGUGGAAAAUUAAAACUCUUCUGGAAAGGUCUGGAUCCCCAGCUAGUGGCUCUUUCCACAUUAGGAACCUUGGAAUCAAAUUCCCAGAAUGCUGUCCCAGUUGCCAGUUUGCUUGAUCAGAUCCGCAUUGGAAAAGAGGGUGGGAAAGGAGCCGGUUUUCAUAUAAAAGCUUUGUGACAAACAUGAUGAAGUUGGUUGCAGCGAUGAUAAUGAAAAUUAUGUCAACAGAUAUGAAACUUUUUCUUGUAACAGUGUUUGAGCCAAUAUGUCUUUCAUGCAUUCCUGCCAAAGGGCAGAAAAAUACUAAAGAUUUUAGAAAAUAAACAUUCAUUUUAAAAUGA